UUCAGAGUCAAUAGUUGUCAUUCAAUCAUGCCGACCUUUGAACGAAAGCCAGGCCAAGCGCCCAUUAAAGACGAGUUCCGUAAGGAGAAAUGGUUCGAGGAUGAUCAGAGUGGCGAAGCGGCAGCAGUUACUGAAGUCUUUGGUGACGAAGCCCAAGAAGGAAAAAAGUUUAACGAUAAAGAUAAAAAAGGCAAGCGUGUAAGGGGAGCCAACAAGGGUCAGCGCGGUAAAAAACGUAUCGAAGACAAUCUCAGAAUCUGUCAAUACACUGCGCGCGAGGAAGCAUGCCCUUUCGGCGAAAGUUGCCGUUUCUCGCACGAUUUGGAAGCUUAUAUGGCUAGUAAGCCUGAGGAUCUUGGCGAUCGCUGCGUGCAGUUUGAUCUCUUUGGAAAGUGCCGUCACGGCUUUAAAUGCCGUUUCUUGAAGGCCCAUUUGGACGAAAAUGGCAAGCUUAUCGUGAAUGAAGAACUUGUGAAGAAGAACCCCGUUUAUACUACGAACGGUAUCUCUUCGGAAACUCAACAGGCACUGCAGAAUUUCCAGUUCAAAUUUCCCAAGAGUGAAGUGUAUAUGAAGGAAGUUGAAGCGGAAAAGCAAGCUGAAGAGGAUAUGAAGGCCGAGAAUCGUAAGAGAAAACUCGAUGCUCUUGAAGCGGAAGAGGAAAAGGGGCCGGAAAACAGCCAAGAUGCCUCUGCCAAGAAAGAAAAAACUGAGCAUAUUGUCACCACUGAAACGACAGAAACGACAAAAGUCACCGACAAUGACCAAACGGUGGUCAGCAAACAAGUGGUAACAGAAACAGUGGUGGAAGCCCCAGCAAAGGAAGCAACGACUGUUAAUGAAGAGAAACCGGAAUUGCCCAUUGACCAUGACUUGCCGGAUGUAAACAUGAAUGUCGAGCCCAAAGAGAAGUCGGUGGGUCCUAUCGAUACCGGCUACAAGAAGAUUAUCGAUUUCCGCAACAAGACCUACCUUGCUCCACUGACUACGGUGGGUAACUUGCCUUUCCGAAGAAUCUGUAAAGAGUUUGGUGUCGAUAUUACUUGCGGUGAAAUGGCCAUGUGUCAAAACUUGCUCAAGGGUCAGCAAUCCGAGUGGGCGUUGACCAAGCGCCACGCUUCUGAGGAUAUUUUUGGUAUUCAGAUCUGCGCUAGUAAAGUAGAACAUGCCGUGAAAGCCUGCGAAAUCAUCAAUCAGGAAGUGGACGUCGACUUUGUCGAUCUGAAUAUGGGUUGUCCCAUCGAUCUCGUAUUCAACCAGGGCGGAGGUUCUGCGUUGAUGGAUGCUCGUGGUCGUAUGUCCAAAAUUUUGCGAGGCAUGAAGCGCGUGUUGGAUGUUCCUGUCACGGCCAAGUUUAGAACGGGCAUCAAGCAAGAUCAGCCGACGGCCCAUAAGCUGAUUGGAAAAUUGGAAGACUGGGGCAUGGCCUUGGGAACCAUUCACGGUCGUUCACGUAUGCAGCGCUACACCAAGUUGGCCAAUUGGGAUUACAUUGGUGAAUUGAAAAAGUUGACCAACAACAUGCCUUUGUGUGGCAAUGGUGAUGUACUUAGUUUUGAAGACUACAACAAGCACAAAAAAGAAACCGGCGUGGAUACUGUCAUGAUUGGCCGCGGUGCCCUGAUCAAACCCUGGAUUUUUGAUGAGAUCAAGAAUCAGCGACACUGGGAUAUCUCCUCUCGCGAGCGUUUUGAUAUGUUGAAACGCUUUUGUGAUUAUGGUUUGGAGCAUUGGGGUACCGACAGUCAAGGUAUUAACGCCACUCGACGUUUCCUGUGCGAAUGGCAAUCCUUCUUAUACAGAUACAUCCCUGCGGGACUUUUGGAAGUGGUGCCUCAACAUAUCAAUGAGCGAGCUCCUCCAUAUUUUGGUCGUGACGAUUUGGAGACAUUGAUGGCCAGUCCUCGUGCCUCUGAUUGGGUCAAGUUAAGUGAGCUUCUUUUGGGCCCUGCUCCUGAAGACUUCCAAUUUAUUCCCAAACAUAAAUCCAACUCCUUCGAGGUAAGUUUAUCUACAAAUGAACACAUACAUUUUUUUUUCUUCAAUAGAGAGCUCUAUUAAUGUAUCGAUGAAUGCAUUCUAGGGUUAAAUCUUAGAAAUUAAAAAAAAAUCUUUUGACAGCGAAUAAAACCGAAUGUAAUAUCACGUAAACCCGCACCUAGUUAUUCGCACAGCAAUAUUCAAUAUCCACAAUUUCUUUGGGAGCAGUGGCUGUAAGAACAUAAGGCGUGGUAUCUCCGAUGACGACGUUGU